AUGUAUUUUGAUGGAGCUUCAAGGAGUCCAGAUGGCAAAAAGCAAGAAAAUCCUAAAAACAAUAAAGCUGGAAUUGGAAUUGUGUUUGUGACUCCAGACAAUGCUAUAAUCACCCAUUCUUUCGCCUUAAGUGAAGGAUGCUCCAAUAAUGAGGCAGAAUAUGAAGCUGUAAUUGCUGGAUUAGAAUUGGCAUUACAAAUUCCUAUUGAAGAACUCUCAAUUUAUGGAGAUUCGGAACUGGUGGUAAAGCAACUCCAUGGAGAAUACAUUGUUAAGAAAACAAGUCUCAUCCCGUAUCACGAAAGGGCUGAUCAAUUGCUUUCGCAAUUCAGGAAAACACACAUUUUCCAUGUGAAGAGAAGAACAAAUGCUCGAGCUGAUUCACUUGCAAGUUUGGCUGCAUCACUCACCCUACCAGAUAGCAAAACAAUUACUAUCACGAUAGGUGAAAGAAGGGUGUUACAACCUUUAAAAGAAGUUUCUGACUUGGUUCCAAUCUUGGUCGUCACCACGAAAGGAGAAAACGAUGAGGAUUGGCGGGAACCAUUCAUUACUUACCUCCAACAUGGUAGGCUACCUGAAGAUAAAGUAAAAAGAAUUGAAGUGAGAUGCGGGGCUACCAAAUUCGUCCUGUGGAAAGAUGGAACGUUAUACAAAAGGUCUUUGGAUGGAAUGUACAUGCGGUGUAUAGCCAAGGAGCGUAUUCAAGAGGUAAUGGCAGAAACACAUGCAGCAUGGGGUAUGGACAUUAUUGGUCCUUUUGUACCUCCAUCUUUAGCAGGAUAUCGAUACAUCCUAGCUGCAACUGACUAUUUCUCAAAAUGGGCAGAGGCCGUGGCUUUAAAGGAUAUAAAAAGCACAGUUGUCUCUGAGUUCAUCCAAACCCAUAUCAUUUACAGGUUCGGAAUUUCAGAAAGUAUCAUCAUGGAUAAUGGACAGCCAUUCAGGAGUGAUGCUUUGAACAAGUUAUUUACCAAGUACAAAAUCAAAAACAACCAUUCAUCAAGAUAUCAUGCACCUGCCAAUGGUUUGGCAGAAGCUUUCAACAAGACAUUAUGCAAACUUCUUAAGAAGAUGGUGGAUAAGAACAAAAAAGCUUGGCACGAAAAGUUACAAGAAGCUUUGUGGGCUUAUCGGACUUCGCACAGAACUCCUACUCAAGCAACCCCUUAUUCGUUGGUUUUUGGAGGAGAAGCUGUGUUACCACUUGAGGUUCAAAUACCAUCAUUAGGAGUGGCAAUACAAGAGUCCUUAACAGAAGAUGAAAGUGCAAGAGUGAGGUUGGCUGAGUUGGAGGCCCUGGAUGAAAGAAGGUUGUAUGCUCAACAGAACUUGGAAAUCUACCAACAAAGGAUGGCAAAUGUAUUCAAUAAAAGAGUGAGGCUUUGUUCCUUUAAAAAGGAAGACUUGGUACUAAUGGUUAGAACACCCAUAGUAGUCUCACGAAGAACCAAAGGCAAGCUUGAGCCCAAAUGGAAAGGACCUUAUGUGAUUGAGAAGGUUUAUUUUAAUGGGGCCUAUUUCUUGAUAACGAUGGAUGGUGACAGAAUCAUUCCCCCAACCAAUGCAAGGUUCUUGAAGAGAUAUUACCCUUAA